UCCAUCUCACGAUAUUACCCAGUAGCCGUUGACGGCUCUUUAUGUGACGGAUCGAGUCCUGUAUCACAAUUUUCUUUUCCCCCUUUUCAUUUAUUUUUUGGAUAAUAAAAGAAAGGAGUGCAAGUAAGCAAAACACCCUCUUUUAUCCUUCACCCUGGUCCCUGCGUUAGAUCGAGCGCUGUGUGUUUGAGUAUGCAGCAGGAUAACGCUGCUUAGCUAGCUGGGUCAGUUGUUAGAAAGCUACGUGAUAGCAAAGCUAACCUCAUUCUACGAUACAACCUCGAGACAAGUCGGGACAAGACCAGUCUCAGGGCUCACCAUACUCAAUGAGCGGACAGCGCAAUGUCAGAGCGUUCUGGGCAAACUGCAAAGGGGAAGGAAGGCAAAACCAAGUAUGCGUCUCUCAACCUGUUUGAUACAUACAAAGGAAAGAGCCUUGAAACACAAAAGCCUGUUGUUCCCCCCCGCCAUGGCCUGCAGUCUCUUGGUAAAGUUGCCUCCGCACGGCGUAUGCCACCUCCUGCCAACCUGCCGAGUCUGAAGGCAGAGAACAAAGGCAACGAUCCCAACGUCUCGCUCGUUCCCAAAGACGGCACAGGAUGGGCAAGCAAACAGGAACAAGCAGACCCAAAGAGUACCGAUGCAUCGUCAGCACCGCAGCCGGAAUCGCAGCCGCCUGCGGCUUCACCGACACCUGCACCGACCCGCCCGAGAACCCCGCAAGCUUCAGAGGUACACACAGACCCAGUUCCUCCGGCCCCAGCUUCAACCCAGGCCGUAGGGGCAAGGUCCUGGGCGCAGGCCAGUGUUACACUUGGAACACAAGGGGAUGGUGGAAAGGGAUCAAACCUACCGUCGCCAUUCUCUCGAGAGGAAUUUCCCACCCUGCAGGCGGCUGGCGAACAGGACAAAGCUGGCAAAGAACAGGGCACUGCAGAUCAGUGGUAUGGGCCAGGACCAAGCCUCCGCCCCCAGAACGUCACAAGUUGGCGGGACGGUGGGGGCCGAGCCCUGGCGCCCACCUUGUCUGGGGAGGGGGCAGCGGAGGGUGGCGCUGGUGGAGUUCUGGUGAUGGAUGGGGCAGCUGGGGUCCCCCCUCCGAACUCUCAGUCCCAUGGGCCACCUAGAAACCCUCCUGCAGGCAGCCCUGCCUUGCCCCUGCCCCAGCCCCCUGUGGGACCCGGGUUCCCCCAGUACCGAGGGAUCAUACCUCCCUUUAUGUAUCCUCCCUACCUGCCCUUCCCGGCCCCCUAUGGCCCUCAGGGGCCAUACAGGUACCCGGCACCUGGGGAAGGGCCCCCUCCAAGGUUCUCUCGUGGCCAGGGUGGACCUGAUGGCAGGCCCCAAGGCGGACCACGUGACGCAGGGGGAGAGAUGGUGAAGCGUCCCUCUAUCCUGAAGCAGGAUGACCUAAAGGAGCUCGACGAGCUGGACCAUGACGGAGACGAGGGCUGGGCAGGAGCUCAUGAGGAGAUUGAUUACUCCGCCAAAUUGAAGUUCAGUGAUGAUGAAGGAGAAGAGGAAGGGGAAGAGGAGAGAACCGAAAGCAUCAAUGACACACAUGAGCAACAGAGGUCCCAGGAUGCCCCCCCUGCAACCUCUCGCACCCGAGCCUCGGACAGUGUUGGAGACGCACGCCACACACCUCCCAUUACUGCUGACAACGGCCCCCAACCCCCCUCCAGCAAGCCAGGAUGGGCCGAGGAGGGAGGCGCUGGCUGGGGGGCUCAAGGAGCACCAUCCAAUUACCAGGGGCGCAGGCCUGGAUUGGGUGGUCCCCGGGAGCAGCCCUCCCCCCCACCAGGGCCGCUCCUUGGACAAGGGCCUUACUCCUUUUACCGACAGGAACGGCCCCACAACCAGGGUGCUGCACGCCCAGGGAAACCGGUUCCCAACCAGCAACAGCCAGCAGCAGGAGGGCCUACUCCUCCUCCGCAGCCUGGCCUGCUGGCCCCUGGAGCCCCAGGAGCCCCUGGAGCACCUGGAGCCCCUGGAGCCCCUGGAGAAGAUGAGGACGAGACUUGGCGGCAGCGCAGGAAGCAGUCCUCCACUGAAAUUUCAGCUGCUGUGGAGCGAGCCCGUCGACGCAGAGAGGAAGAAGAGCGCAGGAUGGAGGAAGAGAGACGAGCAGCCUGUGCCGAGAAGCUGAAGAGGCUGGAUGAAAAGCAGCAGCAGCAGCAGGGCAGCAGCGUAGGAGGUAGUGGCAGUAAAACCCCCAGCCUUGAUGGAAACUCUACAGUUGCCACCGCAGGUAGCCCUACUCCGUCUGUUUCAGCCUCCUCUCCCAACAUCAGUCAGCCUUCAUCUCCCUGUGUUGACCCAGAAGAGCCACCAUUGCUGGCUGUCCAAACAGGGCCUAGUCCUGGAGUUGGUGAACGACAGCGGGCCAGCAGCAAUAGCAGCUAUGACUCCAGUGCAGAUGUCCAGCCAUGUCCCCAGCCAGCAAUGUCACAGCCACAGCAGCCGGCACCGCUGGACGUACCUGUACCAGGAGAGAAUAAAGAAGAGACCUUAGGAGGUCCACAUGUUCGUGCAGGCAGUGGAGGGGAGAGAGGAGUGGACCCUGUGAAAAUUGAAAAUAUCGGAGGGGGGGCUGGUCGUCAAGCUGGUGGUCCUCCUGGCCAGGGUUACUCCAAGUACCAGAAAUCUCUUCCGCCUCGAUUUCAGAGGCAGCAGCAGGAGCAGCUCCUGAAGCAGCAGCAGCAAUGGCAGCAACAACAACAACAACAGCAGCAGCAGCAGCAGCACAGCCAGGCAUCACAAAGCCAGCUUUCCCCCCAGCCCCAGGCUCCACAGGGUCCUUCAUCAGGUGCAGCACCACAGCCGGGGCCUGGACCAAAGCAGGGCGGACCCAUGUAUCCGCCCAGCAAUAUGGUUCGACCUCCACCACUGCCAAUGAACUUUGACCCUCGCUGGAUGAUGAUGCCCUACAUGGACCCUCGUAUGAUGCAGGGCCGCCCUCCACCAAUGGAUUACUAUUCAGCUGGCAUGCACCCAUCAGGGCUUAUAGGGCGUGAGCGUUCUGAUUCAGGAGGAUCUGGUUCAGACCCCUUUGACCGACAGCAGCAGCAGCAGCAGCAGCAGCAGCAGCAGCAGCAGCAGCAGCAGCAUCCAGGGCACCCUCACCGUGGAACUCCCCCAAUGGACCCUAAGCUCUCCUGGGGGCCAGAGGUAUUCCCUGGCGGAGGAGAGGGCAGGGGACUGACAUCCCCCCUUAGGCAGAAGCAAGCAAUGGAGGAAGAUGAAGGGGCUAAAGGACCCAGGAACGACACUCCUCCACAUCGAAUGCGGGAAGGUGGAUUGGGACCUAUCCAGCAGCCGAGCUCCAACUCCGGGUCAUCCAAUCAGACUCCACCUCCAGUUGGCGCUCAAGUUGGGAGCCAAGGAGAUGGCCACCACCCUCAUCACUACAUGAGCGGCCAGGGCAACUACAGCAACUUCCCUGAUCAAGGUGCAAGAAUGCUUCCGCACCAACAGCAGCAGAGGGCAGGUGAGCGGGGAAACCAGCCACACGGUUUUACCCACCAAGACGAAGGACCUCCACGAGGAUCCCAGCAAGGCCAGAUAUGGGGGGCUCCACACCCUCACUACGAUCGCAAUGGCCGUGCAGAUCUCCCCUCUGAAAGCAAUUCUCAUCACCACCAUCAUCAUGGCCACCACCCUCAGCAGUCUCAUUUUCAUCUCCACCCCCACAAGCCAGAGAACAGCCGUGACAGGGUCACUGAGGCCAAUGCUAAGAAGACUGAUGCUUCUCCACCAAUCCACCAACCCUCCCUCUCCUCUUCCUGCUCUUCCUCCUCCUCCUCUUCUGCUAGAGAUGACGGAAAUGUCAAGGCUGCCCAGCACCAUCACCCAACUCAGAGAGAGGGGGAAGCUGGUGCCGGGCAUACUGCUGGUGAAAGAGGUAGCAGUGGCAAUGCUGGCAGCAGCAGCCAUGGAAAACAGGAGAAAACAGGCCCAGCAUACACUCCCCAUUCCUCUGUCACCGCUGCCCAACCUUCCUCUCAGCAUGGCAGUCAUGCUCAUGCUCAGCAGCAUCACCAUCAUAAACCAAACCAAAGAGGGGGUCGGGAGCACAAGACAGAGACCCAGUGGGGCCCACGGCCUGGGAGUAGCCACGUGGGUGGAGGGUCCUCUCAUGGUAGGAGGGCCAACAAUGCAGGAGGUGGAAAUAGCUCCCGCGGAGGUGAUGACUCCUCCAACAUUCAAAUGGACCACAAACCCUCCAACCAUUCAGGAGCCAGCAAUGCGAACAAGAGAGCUGGGCCGAUAAAGAAACCAGUGCUGAAAGAGAUGAAGAAGGACGGAGGGGAUGUUGAUGGAGAAAAAACAAGUGUAGGUUUCGGGAAAGAUAAAGAGCAGGAUGGGGCCCAAACCACCUUAGCCAAGCAGGAAGCCUCCUCUGUCUCCCAGAACACAUCCGCUCCAUCUAAAGACGAGCCGACUCAGACAGCCAAACCCAGGAACGGAGGCAAAGAACGAUCAGCAGGAGGAGGUGGAGGAGCUGGGGGUAGAGGGCCAAAAGACGGUGACACCAAUUCCUCAGGUUUAUCAGGUUCCUCCUCCAGGAGGGACAGGGACCGUUCUGCUGAAAGAGGAGGCCAUCAUGGAAUUCCCCCCAAAGGUGGUAGGGCCAGUCGUGGACGAGGGGGGGAGUUCUACGGACGGGGCCGUGGAUACCGUGGCACCUAUACAGCCACUGUCGGGCCUACUGGUGGAGGUCGGGGAAGAAUGGGAGGCAGGAGUGGGAGAGAUUACCGCUCAUCUGUGGCUGGUGGCCACCAUCAUGAAUCCAAAGGCGAGGGAGGCGGUGGCAGACAUGGCCAGGAGCGCUCUCAGCAUAACCCAGCCAGGGCCAGGAACCGAAGUGAAACUCGCAGUGAGGGUUCAGAGUAUGAGGAAAUCCCCAAGAGGAGGAGGGAGAGGGGUUCAGAGACUGGCAGUGAGAGUGGUGCCAGUGACCUUGGUCACUCAGACAAAGAUGACAACCAGAAACCCAAUACCAAGAAUGGCUCAAACACUACUAGCAGCAGCACAAUGUCAUCUGCACCACCCAGAGGUUCCCAGGCCCGUGUGUUCACCCCCAGAGGUGUGCCCUCAAGAAGGGGGCGGGGCGGAGGGAGUGGAGGAGGAAACAUCUACAGGAGCAGUGGUAAUGUUGGAGGACCAUCUGGAGGACACCGUAUUGGAUCCAACUCAGCCUCUCAUGGUGGGCCCUCCAAGGCAUCAACCUCCACCCGAAAGCAGCACGGCCCACCACAAACGUCUGGGCCCAAAGACUUGGGGAGGGGAGGAAAUGGAGGAGAGAAGAAAGAUAAGACAGCUGAUGCAAAUCAAGCUCAGAGUCAGGGCUCUAAUCCCCCUCAGACCACAUUGCCCCCUGCAACUCCUUCCACUUUAAGCUCCAAUGAGAAUGGAGUAGCUGUGACCCAGCUAGCCUCGACCAACCCUACGUCUAACUCUGGAGGGCCAAACGCCCUUCCUCUGCCCACCAACCGUGGGUUUCCACCAGGUGGAUUUGAGCGACCACCUAGACGUCGUCGUCAUGGGCGUUCCCAGCAUCAGCAGGACAAGCCACCCCGCUUCCGGCGACUGAAGGAGCGAGAGAAUGCUGCUCGGAUCAACGGAGGAGUAGGGGUCAUUGGGGGAGGGAGGCCUUCCUCUCCCUCCCUGAAUUCAGUUCAGGACAGUAACGGAGCCCCUGUCUCUGCUCCAGUGACAGGCACUGCCCAAAAUGCCAACCACAAUACCGCAGUAACAAACAACAACAACAAUAGUGGUGGUCAUCUCAGCAACGCAAACAGCCACCACCAUCACCACUACAACCAGGGCAGCACUGGACCGCCCCACCCACAGCACCACCACAGCCACGGAGCAAAGUCCCCAGACUUCACCAACCAGAACUCAGACCAGGCCAACGAGGAGUGGGAGACUGCUUCAGAGAGCAGCGACUUCACAGAGUUCAGAGACAGGGAAGGUGGCGGAGGAGGGAAGUCGUACUCCUCUCACCAUCCCCACCACAUGGGAAGGGGAGGAGGGGGAGGAGGAGGUGGAAAUGCGGGUGAGCGAGAUAUGACGGGGAAAGAGCCCUCAGCGAAUAAGCGAAGCUUCUCGAGCCAGCGUCCUGGCAUGGAGCGACAGAACCGGCGGGUCAAUGCUGGAGGAGGUGGAGGCGGAGGGGGAGGAAGAGGUCCUCGAGGUCCAGCAGGUGGUGGCUCUGGUGGGCCUGGUAAUGGAGGUGGAGGCAAUCGAGGAGAUAAGCGUGGUAACUGGCCCUCCCCGAAAAAUAGGAAGUGAUGGAAUAUUACGGAACAUUUUAGAUGACCCCCACCUACAUCAAAACCACCUUAUUCCAUCUUAAUCCCUUUUUGAUAAUUAUUUCAUGGCUUAUCUGUUGGCAUCCCUAAACAUGUUAGUGUAAUGUACAGUAUAUGGAGAUGGUAUUCACACUCAGUUUAGCCCCCCCACCCCCACCCCCCCAUUCAUGUCGCCUCCUUUGCUUUGCAUCCAUCAACUCUCUACCGUCCGUUAAUGUAAAUCUCUCUCUCUCGUUCUGUUUCCUCCCCUCCUUCCCUCGAAGUCUCUUCCCAGUUGGAUUUGACAAGCAUGUGUUUCUGCAAACGGAGGUGCACGUGGUUUUGACAGAUGAUAUUUACACAGAGCUCCACACACACUCACAUUUACAAGCACAAAUACGACAUCUCUUCAAACACAUGGACACAUGCAGUCAUGUGGGCGCAAAUUGAAAAAUCUGGGAUUAAAUUGGCGGAAAUGUUUGGAUUGGGCUAAUUUUUAUAUUUAUAUGUAUAUUUCUACCACACUUUGGCCUUGGGUGGUAUCCAGUAGUGCAGAUCUGCAUUACUUCCCUCACAAAGGGAAUGAGUGCAGCUCUAUCUUUUAACGAGAACAAUGUAACAUAAGAUGUUUCUGUUUUUGUCUUUCUUGGCCUCAUGUAAGUUUAGUUUCAGCCUCUGGGAAAUGUUAGGGGUGUUUGUUUUUUCUUCUAGAAGCAGGUUAUUAAACACCUUUUUACUAAAUUCCCCACUUCUGCUGACUCUUUGGUCUCCUCUAAAGUACAUCUGAUUACUGUGAUGAAGUACUACUGCUCAGUGCUCACUUACACCUACAUUGAUUUGUCUUUCAUUUCAGUGUUUCAGCUGCUCGUUCAGGUAGAUGGUGUGAAUUUAUUUCUCCUCCAGUGUUUUUGACCUCUUAACAUUUUAAUAUCAGUUGAGUUUGUCCCUUUUUUUUUUAAGAAUCUAAUGCGUCUUCGGCCUCAUCGUAGUAUCCUUCUUCACCUGCAGAACUUCUGUAUACUCGAAAUCCAAGUCAACCCAAGGAUUAUAGUUUAACUCUUCUUUUCUCGUGUUUUGUCUCCCCCAUGAAGACUAUAUGAUAGCUUAUGGCUUUAUUUCGACAACUCUGAAAACACCUUUUUUCUCCUACCACAAGCUCAGAAACGAUCAGUCUUGGAUGGGGUAAUAUGAGAUAAAUGAAAGCGUAGGUCAUUGUUGGCUUCAAUAGGUGAUUGAAUAUGUUCUAUUAAGCACUCCUUGUAGUAUAAAUAAAACCCAUGUUUGUUGGUUUUUAUUUUGUGUUCGUUUUUGGGCAGGUUACAUGUGAUGCAACAGUUCAGGUACUCUGUCUGGGCCCAGAGUACAGAGCUAGGCUGAGUAUUGUACUACGACACACCCCGUUACUCUCUUUCUGUGCUCUCGUGGAAACCUCACAUCUAAAAAGGACUGCUUCAAAGAGCUCUGUGUCUGAGGAAGUAUUUUUUUAAGGUGUGCGUUCUUGGGAUGGAUGGCGGUUUUCAGUACACGCUGGGGAUCGAGUAGCCCACACAAAUUCAAUCCAGAACAAUCCUGGAAGGCGUGACGACAAGAGUCACCUUUUCCGCGGAACACACGGUUUCCAUGAAUCUGCUCGCAACAAAAUGAUGCUGACCUGGAGUUUUGGGGGAAAUGUUGGAUUGAUGUAGGAUUACACUUGUAAAGCAUAGUUUGUAUCAUACAAAAAAAAAAAAAAAGGCAGAAAAUGGCACACAGCUUGGAGGAAAAAAAGAACAUCCAGUGUGAACUAAAUCGAUUUGUACCAAUUCUGUCACUGCUGUAAGUUGGGGUUUGUUUGUUUACUGACAACAGUUUGAAGAUCUUCUCUGGGAUGUUGUGUGUAGGGCAUUCAACAAUUUGUGUAUGAGCGUGCGUGCUUGUGUGCGUGUGUGUGCGAGUGUGUGUGAGUGUGUGAGUGUGUGUGUGUUUCCUGGUGUCUGUGUAAUAACUCGGGGAAGGGGUGGGGACCAGAGGGGUUAACAUGAAUGGCAAGCACUUUUUUCUGCCUUGUUUGCCCACACUUGAUUUAACCAGUAUCAUUAAGACAAUUUUACCGUUUCUUAAAUACAUCCACAUAUAUACAUGCCGCUGUGUGUAUAUGUUCAGAAUCCAAGUGAAGAACAUGCAGUGGAGAAAUUCACCAGUUUGUGUGUGUGUGUGUAAUAUUUAAGAAAACAUUCUUCAGCAGGCAAGUGAAGUUGGACAUAUUUUAUUUUUCACUAUGACUUCUAAGCAUGAACACACACCCAUGGGUGCAGCUUGCCUUGCCUGUUACUGGUUUAUACAUUGAUAGCUGUACACGUAACACUGGCUCAAAGAGUCCUUCAUCCCUCCUUAACUCUUAAUGUUGAUGUGCGCAUUCUUUUAUGUACCCAUGUUAAAAAGAAAACAAAAGUAGUGUACUCCAGAAAAUUACUCAAGAGAUUGUACUAUGUUUCCAGCAUUACCAAGGUACCUGGAGUGGUUCAAACUGUUUUUAGCAUUUAUGGUUUUUAUUAAUGGAACCGUAAUAUACACACAUGUAUGUAUAUUGGUAUGUAUCUAAGUUUUGUCUACCCCAACUUACAUUCCCACAAACAAAUGUUGCCAUUUUUAGUUCAAGGGAGCAAUGUACAAGCAGAGAAGUGUCUUAUUAUAAUAAAGUUAUACAGAGAAGGCAAAGUUAAAUAAACUACUUUUGAUUUAAUGGAAA